AUGCCUGAGUCCCAAAUUUCCCAAGUGGCCCAAACCAUCUCUGCACAAGUUGUACCUGGAGGACAAUUCCCUGGACAAACUCAACCCAAUCCUAAAGGCCAAGCAAAUUCUAUUACCUUAAGAAGUGGAACCGCUUAUGAAGGGCCUAGAAAUCCUAACCUAAGCACACCAGAAAAACCUAAGGAAGAUGCUGCACCCAAGGACCAGGUAGAGGAACCAGAGAAACCUGAAAAGCAAUCAAAACCAGAAGUAGGGAAUCACACACAACAACCUUACAAACCACCUAUUUCUUUCCCACAAAGGUUGAAAAACACCAAAACAGAAAACCAAUUCCAAAAGUUUAUUAAGGUAAUAGAGAAACUCCACGUAGAGAUCCCUUUUACCGAAGCAAUAACCCAGAUACCAUCAUAUGUCAAGUUCUUGAAAGAUAUUUUGUCCAACAAACGGCGACUCGACGAUCCUAAACCUUUGGAAUGUCAUUCCAUAUCUGAAAAUAAACUUGCCAAGAAAGGCAAAGAUCCCUGA